AUGAAAUGCAAAAAUUGUAACAUUAAUAAAUUAUCAAGAGAAUUUCCCAAGGAUGUUAUUAGUGGUGAUUGUAAGCACAUUCCUGGUUUUUGCUUGAAGUGUGUGGUAACUUAUUUAAAUGCCACAAAAACAAAUAAAUGCCCAGAGUGUAAAGCUCUACUAAAUCAAAAAGGAAUUAAAAGAUUAAAUUCAAAUUGGGAAAACGCAUCUUUUAUGAUUAAAGUUGACGGUAUUUCAACAUUAAAUAACCCAUCAAAUAAUCAAAGUGGUGGUGGAUAUUUCUAUGUUGUAAUGAUGAAUGGAACUGUAAUCACAUUAAGCUUGGAAAAAAUCAAAACUGUUAUUGGCCUUAAGCGAGCAAUUAAAUCAGAAACAAAUUUGGAAAUUAGCAAACAAAAAUUACUUUAUAAUGGCAAUGAAUUAAAGAGUCAUCUACAAUUAAUAGUAUUACUCUAUUCAAUCACAAAAGGUCAAUCAUUUAAAAGCUUGACAUUUGAUUUGCAUUGGGGAUUUCCUGAUGGUGAAAAGGAUUAUUUGGAUGGAACUUGUCUUUUGUAUCGAGACAAUUUUUUCUAUGAAAGAGUUGAUUGGGUUAAUAAAUCACAUAACCAUAUUCCAAAUAUAUUUCAUUCGGGUGAUAAAUUGAAUUUUGCAACUUUAACAGGCCACCAUUGUAUAAAAGCAAAUUUAGCUGAUUUACCACCAGAAAUAACGAAAUUAUAUUUUAUAUUGUCAUCGUGGAAUGCUCCUAAUAUUGGACAUUUUCCUAAUCUUAGUUUUAAAUUGUAUGAUACAGAAAAACCUGAUGACCAAUUGUGUAGUUGUAAAUUAAAAUAUGCUGCUUCUUCCAGUGCUAUAAUAAUGUGCGUUGUUAUUAGAAAUAUAUUCGACAACACUUGGGAUAUAUUUGAAAUUGGAGAAUCAUCAACCGGAAAUGCUAAAAAUUAUACUUCAAUUAAAUCUACGAUUUCGUCUUUGUCGACUUUUUUCAAAUAG